GGUGGACUGAUAUGACCAGGGUAGGUGUCUGUCGAGACGAGAUCGCCACGGCCUCUAGCGAGCAUAAGAGCUACAUCAUCCUGUGGACCAGCAGCGUCCGGCAUCGGCGAGACUCUCGAGCAUAAGUUACAGCAAGAUACGCCGCCAAGUCGUCUCGUAAAUCCCAUGUCCUGUUCCUCUUCUAUAUCUUGACAUCUCUGGCCAUCGAUAGCCGGCUCGAUUAUUUCAAGAGUCCUCAGAACAAAAAUCGAAUCGUCCUCUGUCAGUCCUCCUGGCCGCCCCAGAUUUAUCAGUCACAUCCGAUACGAGGCAACAUGAACGGCCAAUCCCAAAAGCCUGUCGCGGGCGUGGUCCGUCUCAGAGAGAUGCUCUCAGAUCCUUCUCGCACAGUCGUGGCUCCAGGAGUAUACGAUGGCAUCAGCGCUCGGCUUGCCCUUGCAGCAGGUUUCGAUUGCUUGUAUAUGACCGGUGCUGGCACCAGCAUGUCCAAACUCGGAAUGGCAGACCUGGGAAUUGCCUCUUUCCCGGAAAUGCUCUCCAACGCCUCCAUGAUCGCUUCCAUCAACCCGUCGGUCCCCGUGAUCGCAGAUGCAGAUACUGGUUACGGGGGACCGAUCAAUGUCGCCCGCACAGUUCAAAGCUACGCCCGUGCCGGCGUCGCGGCGCUGCAUAUCGAGGACCAAGUCCAGGAGAAGCGAUGCGGGCAUUUGUCGGGGAAGCUUCUUGUGAGUCGUGAGGUGUAUUACAAUCGACUUCGAGCGGCGUGUAAAGCGAGAGAUGAAGGGAGGGACGACAUCGUCAUCAUCGCCAGGACAGACGCGAGGGCUGGGAAGGACACGGAAGGUAACGGCGGUUUCGAGGAAGCGAUCGAGAGGUUGAAGAUGGCGGCGGAGAUUGGAGUGGAUGCGUUAUUCUUCGAGGCGAUUCAGUCAGAAGAGGAGAGCAAGCAAGUCAUCGACAGGCUGCCUAAGAUUCCGGUGCUGUUGAACAUGGUCCAGGGAGGACGGACGCCGCUCGUCAGUAAUGAGGAGGCGAACAGGUUGGGCUUCAGGAUCGUCAUCUGGCCAUGCAUUGGGAUGGAAGCUGUCGUGCCCGCUUUGAGGCAGGCGCUGGAGAGUUUGAAGACGACAGGAAAGCCGCCUGCAGAACAGAAGAUGGGUCCGGGCGCACUGUUCGAGACCUGCGGGCUGAAAGAUCUGAUGGCAUUCGAUGCGAGUGUCGGUGGCAAAGCAUAUCAAUAG